AAAAAGAAAAAGAAAGAGAAGAAAGCCUUUUCCCUCCUAGGAUCGUGCCGCGGGAUAAGUGACAUUUGCUGGCCAUGGGGGAGGGGUCACAGAUUAGCACUCGCUUUCCUUGCCUUUCCACCCUGUUCCCUGUCUGACCUCCUUUGAGUUGGUGGUGUCGCCCCCCAAAGAGGUGUCGUCUCGCUGUGCCUGCCCCCCCUUCCCACCAGCCUUCUCCCUCUCCCGGCCAUGCAGCCCCACGUGGCCCCGCAGCCUCUGCCCUGGGCCCUGGGCCUCCCAGCACAAGCAGCCCCUUCAGGGGGCCUGGGGCGCCCUCCUCACGCCACUGUCCCCACCUCUGUCACGGCCCCUCGCACCAGGUCGCUGUGAACUGUUUUGCCUUGUAAAACCAAACAGUUCCCGGAGAAUUGCAUCAGCUUUGAUAUCUUAGGGCCGCGUCUGGUGCAUAGUAAACAUUUACUUACAGCCCUCUGUCCCUUUACCCUCCUCCUUUCUUUGGGUUCUUGUUCAGUGUUGGCGUGACGCGAUGAAUAGCAUUAGACGUCUGUUCAGUAAGCGCCGAGGAAGGAGUGAGGACAGAAAGUGGGAGAAGCCCGGCCUCACACCCCUUGUUUCGGGAGCGAUGGAGACCCUGAAAGACAAGACCCUGCAGGAGCUGGAGGAGAUGCAGAACGACCCGGAGGCCAUCGACCGGCUGGCCCAGGAGGCCCCUGAGGUCCAGGACCUGCAGCUGGAGCGGGAGAUGGCGCUGGCCACCAACCGCAGCCUGGCCGAGCGGAACCUGGAGUUCCAGGGCCCCCUGGAGAUCAGCCGCUCGAAUCUCUCGGACAAGUACCAGGAGCUCCGGAAGCUUGUGGAGCGGUGCCAGGAGCAGAAGGCCAAGCUGGAGAAAUUCUCGUCGGCGCUGCAGCCGGGGGCCUUGUUAGACCUGCUGCAGAUCGAGGGCAUGAAGAUAGAAGAAGAGUCUGAGGCCAUGGCUGAGAAGUUCCUGGAGGGCGAGGUGCCCUUGGAGACGUUCCUGGAGGACUUCUCGGCCAUGAGGAGGCUGUCGCACCUGCGCCGAGUUCGCGUGGAGAAGCUCCAGGACGUGAUGAGGAAGCCCAGAGCUUCCCAGGAGCCCUCGGGGGCCGGCCCCCAGCACACCGCCCCGGCCUGGCUAUCCCGCGCCCGCCUCUGGUGCCUCUGGCCCCGGGUACCCCUUGUCGGGGGGCCGGGCUCGCAGUCCUGGUUACCCUCAACAGCCCUCCUACCCCGCGGCGGGAGGAAAACCUCCUUACCCGACGCAGCCCCAGUUCCCCAGCUUCCCGGGCCAGCCCCAGCCCACAGGCCCCCCUCAGCCUGCGGGCGGUGGGGCAUGGGCGGCUUUGGUCCCAGCAGCCCUAGUGGUCACCGACCUUCUGUGCUCCAGGCCAUGGCUGAGAAGUUCCUGGAGGGCGAGGUGCCCUUGGAGACGUUCCUGGAGGACUUCUCGGCCAUGAGGAGGCUCUCCAGGACGUGA